AUGCCUGACGGUGUGAAUGGUACGAAACGGCCAUAUUCUCCCGGCCGCUCGACAGUGAUGGAGAAAGGCCAACAGGUGCUGUUCUUCUUCGAAUCUGAUGCCAGUGACCCGCGGGCGCCCUUGGUGUAUUGUGGCACCCCCAAGAACCGCGGGCCAGGUGGAUUCCUCUUUGCUGGUUCCCAUGCCUGGUUGCUGGGCACCUUGGAACACGACUUUGAUGGGCAAAAAGUGGACCCAGACCGCAAGGAGACCUGGCCCAAGGUAAGGCCCAAAGCGGAGUACUCCUUCGUGACGAGGAAGGGCACGGCAGCGGCCCUGGCCACUCCUCUGCAGGUUCGAUGGGUCACAACUGCCAAGUCGCCACCUUGCAAACUCUCGCUGCUCUUUGUGCGCUGGGGCGGAGAGUAUUCCAAGUGGAUGGAUGAGCAAGAGGCCAACGAUGGGGAUUGGGGCAAGUAUGGUUCACCUCCCAGCGACGAGUAUAUGGGGCAUGUGGUGAAGGAAGGCAUCAAGGCCCAUGCUGGGCUGAAAGAUGAACAAGGGAUGCCUCUCUUCGAGUUGCAUCAUGUCUUUAUUUCCAACUCCAAGGAUGCUCAUCUGAUUGCUCAACAAGCCCACAUCAUCCGGGCCGGCUUGAAGGCCCAACGCCGUGCGGCCUUCUGGAUGCUUUGGCCAGCUGAGUGGGAAGAUUUUGGUGAUCCUGAUUAUGCUUGCUACAUUGAGCGGCAUUCCAUGUUCGCAGCCAUGAGGGCUUGCGAGGGCUUGGGCAUUCGCAGCCUUUUCCCACAUCCAGCUGAUCAGUAUGAACUGAUCACCUCGAAGUCGUGGAUGGCAACUCUAUCCUUGCAUCCAGGUGCGUUUCUGCCGGCCGCCACCCUUGUGAGUAAGGGCAGCGUGAAGAUCGAUGCGGCGAAGGCGGCGGAAACCGCCCUACGGACGCUGCACCACAUUCGACGGAUGAAUCCAUAUCCUGUGGAGCCGGGAGACCCCCCAGCACCUUCAGUGGUCAAUCAGAAUGGGAUCCAAAAGGGUGUGGUGAAGCUGGGCUGGUCCUGGGAGAAUCGUUUCGUGGUCACCUUCAACAGCCUGAGUCAUCUUCAGGCGAGGCUGAAGGAGCUCAUGAAUCAGCCGGGCUGUUUGGCCACGUACUGCAUCGUUCAGGAGUGGGUGGACUUCGAUUUUGAGAUGCGACUCUACUUUUUGCCCGAGGCUGACUGGCCUGGUGAAGCCCCUAUCGAACCCAAGAUGAUCCAAUGCAACGCUUGGGGCCCCUCAGAUGAUACCAAGUCGGUGGGUGUCUCCCGUGCCAGCUUUUCCAAGCUCUCGGAAGAGAAGGUCUUGAGCCGAUGGGAAGGAGAUGCAGUGGCCUGGGCAAUGGCCAAAGAGAAGGCCAUCAAAGUUUCGCAGCUACUCCUAGCCUGGCUGCUGUCUGCCGAGCAUCAACCGGUGCCCUCCAUGCGGCUGGACUUCAUGGUGAAACGCCUGGGGCCUGGAAAGGCGCGGGUGAUCUUUGGGGAAUACUGUGAGCAAGGCGCCUGUGUCCUGGGCUGGCAGGGUGGCGUGAGGCAGGUCCUUCGGUCUUUUCUAAUGGUAGUUGUGGCACUGGGUGCACACCACAUUUGCCCUUCGCUUCCCCCGCAUCUUCCAAUGCUGCCGUGGCUGUUCUUGGCCUCUCUUGUUGCGUCCACGGCUUCCUCUCGCGAAGGAUUUCUGAACUGCUCGGGAGACAUCUCAGAGCAUGCCUUGCGACGGGCAUACAGGCUCAUGGUGAAAGAAAGCCAUCCAGAUAAGGGCGGGAGCAACGAGCAGACAGCUGAGCUGACCUCGCUGCGUGACUCCUUGCUCCGAGAGCCGUUGAGAUUUCAAGUUCUGAGAGCCAUGUUUGAAGCCAGCCUGCAGCCCUUUGAUACAUCUGCUCGUGCGCAGGUUGAGUUUCAAGAAGGAUGGCCUUACUUGCAGGUGGAAUUUGACUUCGACCACCGUGGUUUGUUAAUGGAUGGAGGGAGCUGGACUUUUGCUUUCGGUUUGAAGAACGGAAGCACUGUCCACUAUCGCGGUGACGAGCGCAUUGGUGGCUACGAUGUUUGUUGCGAUUUCCUCCGCGACUCGAGAUGUCAACGACAUCCAGUUGGGUCGAAAGCUAAUGCAUCUGACUCGGCAUCAUGUCAGUCUCUUGGGCAGUGCGACGCAGGGCUCUACGCCACUUCAGAUUGUCCAUUGCCGGACCGCGUUGUAGCACGAGUCCGAAGGCCGUUGCACCAGAACAUCACUGGGCAGUGGGGUGGAGCUUUGCAGAUUCGAAGCACUUCGGGUGUUGAGGUUGCAUGUCUUGCGUUUGCCUUUGCACAUAUGGCCCCAUUUGAAGAAACUACGCCGCACAGCUUAGAAGCUGAAACUGAGACCGUGAAAAGCCCAGAGAUCCAAAGACCAGAUCCGGACACAGACGGCUCUGCAUUUCAGCAUGUUGGAAGUGGCUCCUUCUGCGAAGACGGUGGUGACUUGCUCGAAGGUGCCUUGGAUAACUACGGUGGUUUAUCACCCUUUGGAGGUGCUCGACGGGCCAGUGCAGAAAGCUCUCUCUUCUAUGGCUCCAGAUGUCGUGAACGCUGUCGGCGACGGCCCCUCUGUCGUUUCUACACUGCAUACAGCAGUGGAUGGUGUCAGCUGUCGAGCAGAUGUAGCGUGCUGGCCAGAGCUGGCGAUCCUUUGACCGUGACCUUCGCGAAAAGUUAA